CCUUCAACUCAUAAACCUUCUCACUCAACAUCUUCACACAGCUUUAUCUUUCUUGAAAGAUUUCAAAUUCAUUUGUUCUUAAAAUGGCGAAAUCAAAAAACAUGUCUACUAGUCAAAGAUUGGGUUGUGAGAGCCUCCUUGGCUGUAUUUUCGAAAGUUGGAGCCCUCGCAGGCGGAAACCCUCUUUGCCAGAGAAAGAGCGCAAGACCAAAGAUUACUUGCCUCCCAAGUCAACCACCGCUACAAACCCUAAAACCCUUCCAAGAAAAUCAACAGACUCUUCUUCACAAAGUAAACCAAGAAAGUCAUCAGAUUCGGCCAGAAAAUCUUUGUCGUCGUCGGCUUCACCAAGACCAGAGAGCAAGACGUUUUCACCCAACGGCGUGAUGGGAAACAUCAUCGUGAAACAACAGCCCGCCGUUAACUCUACCGACGUGGCACAGACGAGUAGUCGGUGGGAGGGCAAAAUGGUAAACUACAGAAAUUCUCCGGAGGCUCUGAAGAGAAUGGGAAACGAAGAGUAUUGUCGUGGACGGUUUGGAGAAGCUCUUGUGUUUUACGAGAGAGCUAUAUUAGCUGACCCUAAAACGCCGACGUAUUGGUCUAACAAAUCCGCAGCUUUGAUCAGUCUUGGUCGUCUCUUGGAAGCCUACGAUGCUUGCGAAGAAGCUUUAAGGUUAAACCCUAAUUACGAGAGAGCUCAUCAAAGACUCGCUUCUCUCCAACUCAGAUUGGGUGAGGCUGAAAAAGCUUUGUGCCACUAUAACCAAGCUGGAAAAUACACAGAGACAAAACAUAUAGAACAAGUUGAAGAUGUUAUAAAAUGCUUAAGGAGGUGUGAUGAAGCUCGGAGAUCAAAGCAAUGGAAUGUUGUGUUGAAUGAGACUUGUUUUAUGAUAUCAUGUGGAGCAGAUUCUUCUCCAAGGGUCUAUGCGCUCCAAACCGAGGCACUAUUGCAUCUUCAGCGACAAGAAGAAGCAUAUGAUGUGUACCAGAAAGGAAUAAAACGUUUUGAUAUCGAUUGUUACAUAAAGAUCUUUGGUCUUUCCAUUACUUCUUACCUCUUAAUGGUCGGAGCUCAGGUCUACAUUGCAGCGGGAAGGUUUGAAGAUGCAGUAACAGCGUCAAGGCAAGCGGCUCGACUGGAUCCGAGCAAUGAAGAUGUUAACGUAGUGGAUAGAAAAGCUAGAGCGGUUGCUGAGGCGAGACUCAGCGGAAAUUUACUAUUCAAUGCGUCCAAAUUUGAAGCGGCUAGCGUGGUUUACACGGAAGGGCUUGACCAAGACCCCUACAAUGCCCUCUUGCUAUGUAACAGAGCUGCAUCAAGAUUCAAGAUUGGUCUGUACGAGAAAGCUGUAGAAGAUAGCACUGUGGCCAUCAAUCUCCAACCAUCGUACCGGAAGGCGAGGCGGCGCAGGGCGGAUUCUUAUGCGAAGUUGGGGAAAUGGCAACAAGCCAUUCAAGAUUAUGAGUUUUUGAUGAUGGAGACACCUGGAGAUGAGGACACGAGAAGAGCCUUGGCUGUGGCAAACGUCCGGUUUAGGAAACAGAUUGGUGGAAAUGUCCGGUUUAAAGGAUCGGGUUUAGUUGUUGUGAAUGAGAUGGGAGUUUUGGGUUAGAGUAUGUUUGAAUUGUAUAGUUUUAUGAGAUUCAUAAACUUACAGAUUGUGUCUACUUGUUUGCUUUGUUUUAUUAAGAAGUUACGUCAUUUUAUAAUUUUUA